AGUCCUUUUCCUUACACAAAAGUGGCUGUAUUUUAUUGUCUGUGCCUGAAGCACCUUGUACAUUACAAGUGCGUUUCCAGCACUGGUUUUUUUCAGACUCUCUCACUGCCAAGAAAAGGACUUUUAAAAGCAGGCAGCUAAAGCGAGGACACUUAGAAGUCUUGCCUAGGAAAUAACUUCCAUAUCACGCUGCAGCCAUAGCAGCAGGGGGGAUCUGGCAGUGCAAGGACAUACAACGGAGGAGCAGAAGCCCCUUCCUCGCACCGUGCCUCAGUUUCCCUGCCCGGUACUGCAGUGACUGCAGCCCCUGGCCACGCCGUGUCACCCCUCUGUCCCACCCCAAGUGCCACUUGGUGGCACUGUUGGAAAAGGUUUCUUCACUGGGUGCCUGCCUCCCUGUCGGGUUCCAGAAGUGGGAGUUUCUGGAAGGAAUCGCUUUAAUCUUGGCAUCACUAUAUCCUUAUUUUUUCUACCUUUGUUUUCUUUUCUCUUUAUCCACCAUGCAAGCGCCCCCGGGCAGCCUCCUCCCCGGUGUCAGUCACUUGGAUCGCUUGCUCACCAAACACAUUCGCUGAAGACAAGAGUCCCGGGCGUUGCUUCGGCAUCACCUUAAACUAAAUCCUGCAGCACUAAAAAUAGCCUUUUCUACUUAAUUCCUCUAAGAUGCGUUCGCAGGUGGGGCGAGCUUAGGAAGGAUCAUGUCUUAACUCCAGAGAACAGCAUCAGAGCCGAAGUUAAUGAGAAAGAGACAAAUGAAGACAGGGGGAUGACAGUGUAAUUGGGCGCGAGAUGCGGCACCCUGCGGAUGGGGUGUCUCCUCCGCGAGGUGCGGGCCGCCACUGACGACUGUAUAUAAGGCUGCUGAGAGCGGGGCCGCUGCAGAUCGCGCUCCCGAGGCCGGUGCUCCUGCUCCUGCCUAGGCUGCCUCAACUUUGCGGGGAGAUGGCCCAGCUCCAGGAAAACAUCAACGGCAUCAUUGCUGUCUUCUACAACUACGCCAGGAGGGACGGCGACUGCAGCGCCCUGAGCAGGGGGGAGCUGAAGCAGCUCAUCGAGCAGGAGUUUGCGGACGUGAUAGUGAACCCCCGGGACCCCAACACCAUCGAGAAGGUGCUGCGCUUCUUGGAUGAAGACAGCAAUGGCAAGGUUGAGUUCAGUGAGUUUCUCAGCCUGGUUUUCCGGGUGGCCAAGGCUUGCUACAGGCAGCUCCAGCAGUGCCAGGCACCAGAUGGUCAGGAGAGGACGGUGCAAGAGGAGGCAGGCGGGGCAGCAGAGCCACGCGUGGCAGGGCCGGUGUCCCCCCAAGAGCAGGACCCUGAGCCACGGGUGAGCAAUCAGGUGCAGGAGGGUGCAGCAACCAAGCAGGAUCAGGACACCCAACGUAGCCAGAAGGCUGAGACACCAAAGAAGGAUCAGGAUGCUCAGGAGACCAAGAAGGGUGAGACACCAAAGAAGGACCAGGCCACCACUCAGGACACCAAGAAGGGUGAGACACCAAAGAAGGACCAGGGCACCAACCAGGACACCAAGAAGGGUGAGACAACAAAGAAGGACCAGGGCACCACUCAGGACACCAACAAGACCCAGGUCUGCGAGACCUCUUGGCAGGAUCCCAACCCGGGUGAGACUCAGAAGCUGCUGCCCCCAGGGUGGGGCGGGAGCCCCCAGCCGGAUCCCAGGCCCUGGGGAACACAGGACAACCAGACUCAACCUCCAUUCCCCAAACCCAAGGUGCAGGACGACAGUGGGGCCGAGGCUCAGCCUUUUCUGGGACAGCAGCAACAGGGCUCUCACAGCAAAGGACAACAGCCUGUGGAGCAGCAGCACUUGCAGCCUCAGUGGCCACCACAGCAGUGAAGGCUGAAACCCUGUGUGGCCAAGGCUGUUGCCCCCUGCAAGGUGGGACAUUUUGUCCAAUGCCACCCUGAUUUUACAUUCCUUUUUGUUAUGUCUUGCCCCACACUUUGUUAACCCUGGGCUUCACACCCCUGGUUUGUAUAGAAUUAUUCGUGGCUAGAGACCUUCUCUCUUAUCCUGUAUUCGACUGCCUCUGCCUGUGUAAGCAAAGCAAUAAAAAUGAAGGCAA